GUGUAGAGCAACAUACGGGAACAAUGGCGCGUGGCAGAGGUGGGUAUAGAGGACACAAAAGUUUAUAUAUCAAAGGAAGAAGGAAGAAUGAUAAAAAUGAAGAUAACCCGAAGAGGAAAAGACAAUAUGAGGAAUUUGGAGAGGCUCACCCUAUUGAAGAAGAAGAUUUGAAUAUUAAAAGAAGGAAGGUGGAAGAUAUUGAUGAAAGUUAUCAUGUAAGUGGAGAGGAUGAAAAUACUGAUGAUUCUUCCAGUGAUGAAGAGUGUGCCGGUACAGAUGCUGUAGCAAGACUCCUUGCCACAUUUAACACCAACAGUUGUAAAGCUGUUGGCAGUGAUGAAGAUGAGGAGGAUGAUGAUGAUGAUGAUGAAGAAGAGGAGGAAGAUGGGGCUGAGGAGGAAGAAGAGGUAACUGAUGUAACUGAUGAAGGUAGUGAUGCUAAUGGUGACACUGAACAUGCAGAAAGUGAAAUAGAAAAUGAUAUUGUAGCAGGAGAAAAAAACAUGGAGAGUUAUGCAGGACAAGACACUGAUACAUCUAAUGAUGAUGAUGACGAUGAUGCAGAAAGUUUAGGAGAAAUGCAGAAUGUAAAUGACAGCACUGCAGCAUUGGAUGAAGAAGAGGGAGAAGAUUCGUCACAAAGCCAGGGUGAUCCAUUUUCAUUGCAUUUUGAAAGGAACCUGAGUGAGACUGCUGCAGAGCAAAUAAAGGAUACUAAAAGCUGGAUAUCAAAUUUCAAUGAGUGGCCUACUUUAGGGAGAAUAAAAGUAGAAGUUCCAAAUGUUGAAGUAAAAAUUCCUAAACUCUUAUUACUUGCAGAGGAAAAUCAGAGUUCCUCAAUGCCUAAUAUUGCAGUCAUUCCUCAACCUCCAGAGAAGAAGAAUUUUAAUCUAGAUAAAUUUUACAUAAGGAAGGCAUUGCAAAAGAAUAUAUUAUCUGCCAAUAUCAGUGGUAGUUGUGAAUGCCCCACAAGCUUAACAGAUUUACAGAAGGAAUUACUCAGUGUUUUGUCAAGUUAUUGUGAUAUGUAUUACCCACAGGCCACUCAUGAGAACUGGGAGGAAGUGAGAACUGUCUAUGCAUUACAUGCCAUUAAUCAUAUUCUCAAAACCAGAAAGAAAAUUGUUAAUCAUUCUGCCAAGAUCACUAAAGCAAAAAGUGAGAAGAGAUAUGAAGAUUCAGAUAAUUAUCGUGACCAAGGAUAUUCAAGGCCGAGGGUCCUUAUUGUUCUCCCAUUCAAACAUUCAGCUUACAGACUUGUGGAGACAAUAACAUCACUUCUAUUGGAGGGUAAGGCUGUCACCAUUCAAAAUCAGAAUCGUUUCCGUGAAGACUUUGGUCCUGGAGAUGAGGAAGGUAAAGAUAGUGUUAGCAAGCUAAAUAGACCAGAGGACUUCCAGGAAACAUUUAAGGGAGAUAUCAGUGAAGAUUUCAAAAUUGGACUAAAGCUUACCAAAAGCUCCCUCAAGCUGUAUGCAGAUUUCUACAAUUCUGAUAUCAUAAUAGCUUCCCCACUUGGCCUUCGUUAUGUGAUGGGAAACUCUUCCAAUACUGGUGCGGACUCAGACUUCCUUACAUCUAUUGAAAUCCUAAUCAUGGAUCAGGCUGACGUCUUCAUGAUGCAAAAUUGGGAACACGUUCUUGUACUGAUGGAAACAGUAAACAAACCUCCACGUGAUAUCCAUAAGCUUGAUGUUGAUCUCACUAGAGUACGUCUGUGGUCCCUGGACGGUCACUCCCCACUGUAUCGUCAGACUGUUCUCUUCUCGUCAACUCAUAUAGACCACAAUAGAGCUCUCAUAAGCAAGUGCACUAAUUUAACUGGAAGAUUGCAGGUACUAAACCCUGUAGAUAAUGGCUCUGUGCAAGAAGUUGUGGUGCAAGCUGAACUUGUUCUUCAUCGCAUCGCAGGAAUGAGAGAUCCAGACAGUCGAUUCCGCUUUUUUACUCAAGAGAUUUUCCCCCAGUUGCGAUCAAGCAUGCGUUCUCACACUAUGGUGUAUAUUCCUGAUUAUUGUGAUUAUGUUCGACUUGUCCGUUAUUUGAAGGAGGAUGGAGGCACCAGUAUUGCAACCAUUAAUGAAUACAUGGUUGGGCAAAACAGCAAAGUUGCCAAAGCUCGCAGCCUGUUCUUCGAUGGAAAACGUCAGUUCCUGUUGUAUACUGAACGAUUCCACUUUUAUCGACGUUAUCGCAUUAAAGGGAUUAGACAUAUUAUAUUCUACGACCUACCAUCCUACCCACACUUCUUCUCAGAGAUCUGUAAUCUCAUGGUGGAAGCGAACCAAAAUCCACGGACACGUCAGAAGCACCUGGGGACCAGCACAGUGACUGUUCUCUUCCAGCGGACAGAUCUCACCAAGCUGAUUGGCAUCUUGGGAUCAAAGAGAGCUAGUGAAGUGAUCAAUUCCACUAAAAUUGUUCACCUUUGUGUCAUAGGGAAAUGAAACAAAAAUAAAGUUUUCUCUUCAUUCAUA